GAGCCGGCCCCCAGCCCUAACGGCAGCCGGCAGGGAGAGACGCCGUCCCACGGUGCGAGGCCGCGGCGGGCGCGCGAGGCGCUGGGCGGGGCAGGCACAUGCGCACAGGCGGCGCAGCCGGCACGCGGCGCUCGCGCUCCCUGCUUAAAUGAGCCUGGGCGCACCGCGCCCGCCACUUCAGUGGAUCCCGCGCCGGGGCCGCGGGCGGAGCUGCCUGCUAGUCCCGCGCCGCGCGCCCGCACUCCUCGGCUCUCGGGUGGUCGAUGGGACAGGGCGCCGCGGAGCAGGAGGCGGCGCCCGUCCGGGUGCUCGGGCCGCGCGGGAGCCCACUGGGGGUCUCGGGCAUGGCGGGCCGCAGGACCUGAGCUCUGCCCCGCGGGGAGGCAGCUGCUGGCCGGCGAUGGGGACGGAGCGGGGCUGCCGCCGCCGCGCUGGGCCGUGAGCGCCGCGCCGCCGCCGCCGCUACCUCAGCUCCUCGCGAAGCUCCGGGCAGCUCGGGAACAUGGCCCUGGAGCGGCUCUGCUCAGUCCUCAAAGUGUUGUUAAUAACAGUACUGGUAGUGGAAGGGAUUGCUGUGGCCCAAAAAACCCAAGAUGGACAAAAUAUUGGAAUUAAGCAUAUUCCUGCAACCCAGUGUGGCAUUUGGGUUCGAACCAGCAAUGGAGGUCAUUUUGCUUCACCAAAUUAUCCUGACUCAUAUCCACCAAACAAGGAGUGUAUCUACAUUUUGGAAGCUGCUCCACGUCAAAGAAUAGAGUUGACCUUUGAUGAACAUUAUUAUAUAGAACCAUCAUUUGAGUGUCGGUUUGAUCACUUGGAAGUUCGAGAUGGGCCAUUUGGUUUCUCUCCUCUUAUAGAUCGUUACUGUGGCGUGAAAAGCCCUCCAUUAAUUAGAUCAACAGGGAGAUUCAUGUGGAUUAAGUUUAGUUCUGAUGAAGAGCUUGAAGGACUGGGAUUUCGAGCAAAAUAUUCGUUUAUUCCAGAUCCAGACUUUACUUACCUAGGAGGUAUUUUAAAUCCCAUUCCAGAUUGUCAGUUCGAGCUCUCGGGAGCUGAUGGAAUAGUGCGCUCUAGUCAGGUAGAACAAGAGGAGAAAACAAAACCAGGCCAAGCCGUUGAUUGCAUCUGGACCAUUAAAGCCACUCCAAAAGCGAAGAUUUAUUUGAGGUUCCUAGAUUAUCAAAUGGAGCACUCAAAUGAAUGCAAGAGAAACUUCGUUGCAGUCUAUGAUGGAAGCAGUUCUAUUGAAAACCUGAAGGCCAAGUUUUGCAGCACUGUGGCCAAUGACGUAAUGCUUAAAACAGGAAUUGGAGUGAUUCGAAUGUGGGCAGAUGAAGGUAGUCGGCUUAGCAGGUUUCGAAUGCUCUUUACUUCCUUUGUGGAGCCUCCCUGCACAAGCAGCACUUUCUUUUGCCAUAGCAACAUGUGCAUCAAUAAUUCUUUAGUCUGUAAUGGUGUCCAAAAUUGUGCAUACCCUUGGGAUGAAAAUCAUUGUAAAGAAAAGAAAAAAGCAGGAGUAUUUGAACAAAUCACUAAGACUCAUGGGACAAUUAUUGGCAUUACUUCAGGGAUUGUCUUGGUCCUUCUCAUUAUUUCUAUUUUAGUACAAGUGAAACAGCCUCGAAAAAAGGUCAUGGCUUGCAAAACUGCUUUUAAUAAAACCGGGUUCCAAGAAGUGUUUGAUCCUCCUCAUUAUGAACUGUUUUCACUAAGGGACAAAGAGAUUUCUGCAGACCUGGCAGACUUGUCGGAAGAAUUGGACAACUACCAGAAGAUGCGGCGCUCCUCCACCGCCUCCCGCUGCAUCCACGACCACCACUGUGGGUCGCAGGCCUCCAGCGUCAAACAAAGCAGGACCAACCUCAGUUCCAUGGAACUUCCUUUCCGAAAUGACUUUGCACAACCACAGCCAAUGAAAACAUUUAAUAGCACCUUCAAGAAAAGUAGUUACACUUUCAAACAGGGACACGAGUGCCCUGAGCAGGCCCUGGAAGACCGAGUAAUGGAGGAGAUUCCCUGUGAAAUUUAUGUCAGGGGGCGAGAAGAUUCUACACAAGCAUCCAUAUCCAUUGACUUCUAAUCUUCUGCUAAUGGUGAUGUGAAUUCUUAAGUGUGUACGUACGCAGCCUCCAGGGAAUCAUACUGUUUCCAGCAGCCAACCCUUUUCUCCCAUCACAACUACAAAGACCUUGAUUUACCGUUAACCUAUUGUAUGGUGAUGUUUUUAUUCUCUCAGGCAGUCUAUAUAUGUUAAACCAAUCAAGAAACUUACUCUAUUCAGUGAAAACAAUAAUCUGUAUUGCUUGGUGUCAUUUAUAGGAAGCACCGCCAGUUAAAGAGCAUUGGAAGAGGUGGUUGGAUGGACCCAGGCUCAGGCUGCCCAUUCGUUUUAGCAACAAGAAGACUGCUCUUGACUGAUAGAGCUCUGUCAAUAUUUUGAUGCCACAAUAAACUUUAAGAUUUUCUUUUACAUUCCUUUUAUUUUUUCCUUUCUCUAAAUUUAAUUUCUUUUAUAAGCCUAUAGUUUUACCAUUUCAUUUUCUUACAUAAAUACAAGUGGUUAAUGUACCACAUACUUCAGUAUAGGCAUUUGUUCUUGAAUGUGUCAAAAUACAGCUAGUUACUGUGCCAAUUAAGACCCAGUUGUAUUUCAUCCAUCUGUUUCUUCUUGGCUAAUCUCUGUACUUCUGCCUUUUAAUUACUGGGCCCUUAUUCCUUAUUUUCUGUGAGAAAUAAUAGAUGAUAUGAUUUAUUACCUUUCAAUUAUAUUUUUCUCAGUUAUACUAGAAAAUUUCAUAAUCCUGGGAUAUAUGUACUAUUGCCAGCUAUGACUAAAAAUUUGAAAAAGAAAAAUUUCUAGCAAGCCUUUGAAGUUUACCAAGUAUAGUCACAUUCAGUGAUAGCCCAUUCAUUCCAGUAAACAGAGUCAUUUCAUUCACUUUGGGAGAGGCCUAUAAUUACAUUUAUUUGCAAUGUUUCUCUUCGCUAGAUUGUUACAUAGCUCCCGGUCUAUUGGUUUUGCUUACCGCAUGUGGUAACCAAGGUUAGAUGCCAGUUAAAAUUCCUUAGAAACUGGAUGAGCCUUGAGAUUGCUUCUUACCUGGGACACGACAUUUUUCUAGCUCUUAUCAAGAAUAACAACUUCCACUUUUUUUUAAACUGCACUUUUGACUUUUUUUAUGGUAUAUAAACAAUAAUUUAUAAACAUAAUAUAAAAGCUCAUUGUGUUUUUUAGACUUUUGAUAUUAUUUGAUACUGUACAAACUUUAUUAAAUCAAGAUGAAAGACCUACAGGACAGAUUCAGUGUUCACAUCAGCGGCUUUGUAUGCAAAUAUGCUGUAUUGGACCUGGACGCUAUUACUUAUUGUAAAGACCUUGGUAAUGUGGACAUAAGCUCUUUCUUUCCUUUUGUUACUGUAUUCAGUUUGUGAUAAAUUUUUCACUGUGUGAUAUUUAUGCUCUAAAUCACUACACAAAUCCCAUAUUAAAAUAUACAUUGUACCUGACCCUUUAAUCAUGUUAUUUAUGCCACCAAGGUUGUGGAUCUUAAGGUAUGUAUGGAAAGGAACUCAUUUAUCAAAUUGUAAUACAGUCAUGCCAUUUAAAAGAGGUAAAUUCUUGUUUUCUAUAUUUUGGUAGUAAAUUCUCAAUGAAAUAAGUUGAAGUUUCACUGGAUUUCAUUAACUUUUAAAUAUUACAUAUAUGUGUUUUCUCAGAUUAGUGAAAGUUGUGACCUUAAAUAUGAUACACAUACACUGCCUCAGAAUGCUUUCUUAUAUCAAAGUUUUUGUUUUUUAAAAGAGUAAAUAAUAUUUAGGAGACAGAAAAACCUACACAUAAUGUAUUCAUGAUUUAAAUUUUUUUAAGUCAGCAUAGUUUCUUGUUUUAAAAAUACAACGUGGAAACAUGAAAAGACGAUGCAUAUAAUAUUCAGUGAACUAAUACCAGAGACAGCUAAGUUUUUUCAGUAGUUAUGCUAAAUAAGCAUUUUAGUAGGUAAUUUAUGCCAGCUAACAUUUGAGCAGCAUAAUAAAUACUUAAUAUAACAACAACUAUGAUCUUAUUCAUGAUGAUAAAAGGGAAGUUAGCAUAUUUUCUAUGUAAAAUUAUACUCAUUUUUUAAAAUAGCUGUUAAACCUAUAUUUAAUCUUUAGAUUAUAAUAACAAAUAAUACAGUAUGCUAAACUAUAUAGUCACUUGUAACUAUAUUUUUGUUUUUGAAAUUUGAUUUCUAUUUUAUAAGGUCUUGAAGAGGCCUACAAAAUACAGAGCCUUUAAAGAAGACCUAACAGUAAAAUAGAACAGAAGUACACGGUUUUAUACAAGUCAACCUAGCAAGUAACAUUUAGACAGUUUGGUUCUGAAUUUUCUGGCUGCUAAAACAAACAGUUUUUGCUUUUCACAGUAGAAAAACUUAUGUGCAGAGGCUAAUUUCCUCUUGAACUACAGCAUGAGGGUCUGUAUAUAGGAACAUUUCUUCAGAAUGUAAAAAAGAUGCAAAAUGCAGACAGAGGUUAUAAUGGUGCUUCUUAAUCCAGUGAAGGCACAACUUAAUGUUGUCUAGGAACAUUGGUUUGGGGUCAGUCUGUAUUUUCAGGGAUACAACUAAAGAAUCGAAUGAUCAAUAGCUAAGCCAGCCUUAGCCUGUCAUAUGUUACACACCUUCACUGAAUCAUAGAUGGGCAUUAGAGCUCGUUUAUUUCCUAAACUUGUCUAUGCUUUUGGAAGAGGUGAGAAUGGAACUAAUAAAUCUUAGGUAUUAUUGCCAGAAUAAUCCUAAUUGCUGUAUAUACAGCCUUUAAUCUUUGAGAUCAGUGAGAAAACUUUACAAAUUGCUUACUAAAAUGACAGCCAUGAAAUUUAAUAACAGAAGACAUGAAAUUUAGCCAUCUUGUGGAAUUCAUUACACAGUAUUAACUGUCACGCAGGGUACCCCACACAGUGUCCCAGUGUUAAACACAUUUAACACAAAAUGCAAAUCUGGAGGGGGUAAAUAUCUUCAAUUCAGAAACAGCAUUAAAUAUACCUGUAUAAUACUGUCACCAUUAUCUUCCAUCUGCAAUUCACCAUAUCAUCUCCCAAGUGCCCACAGAUCUAUUGCAGGAAACCUACUAAUCCCAACAUCUAAAACAUGUAGGAAUAAGGUAUGAUAUUCCUUUUGUGUGUGGGGAGAGUUUCAAUCUAAACGUUUAACAAAAAGCAAAGAACGUUCACAUUUCACAUCACAAAAGAGAUUUCAAAGACUCCUUUAACCCGACAGCGCUUAUGUCACUGUCUUUGUCAUGUUUCAUAGAAUUGUUAGACUUUAAAAGAACCUCCUGAAAGUCUGCCUCUGAACAUUUGUAUGGUUCUGCCAAUGUCUGAUGAGAAGAAUGCUUCCCUGUUUCAGGAGUGUGUUCACUGAUGAGAGGGGACGGGAGAAGCCUGGUUGUGAUUUCAGGAAUAAUUCCCAAAGGAGAUUAUGCUCUUAUUGCAAAAUGGGGUCUGCUAUAUAUUGUUCAUGUCACUUUAUUGCAAGUAUUAAAAAUAAUAUGCCUUGAAUCACACUGAUUAGACCCAGAAGGAUCAUUGAGUUUUUGGUGGUUUUAAAGAUCCAAGAAAGACUGUCUGUCCCAAGUGUAUUAAUGAGAAGACCGAAGCCCACAGAAGUGAAGUCAGCACCAGUGUCUCAAGAACCCCAGUCCCCAGUACUCUUUUUUUUUUUUUUUUUUUUUUUUUUUUUUGAGACGGAGUCUUGCUCUGUCGCCCAGGCUGGAGUGCAGGGUAUGAUCUCGGCUCACUGCAAGCUUCGCCUCCCGGGUUCACACCAUUCUCCUGCCUCAGCCUCCCAAGUAGCUGGGACUAUAGGCGCCCAACACCAUGCCCGGCUAAUUUUUUGUAUUUUUAGUAGAGACGGGGUUUCACCAUGUUAGCCAGGAUGGUCUCGAUCUCCUGACCUCGUGAUCUGCCCGCCUCGGCCUCCCAAAGUGCUGGGAUUACAGGAGUGAGCCACAGCACCCAGCCCAGCUGUAGGUUUUAAAAGUCAAGCACUUCUGUUUAGCAGCCCAGAUGUUCCGUGUAAGCUUGUCAAUCAUUCUGAAUUGAAAUGUAAUUUAUUCUGUAAUUUUUUCAAUGCACUAUAUUUCUCCUUUUCUUUAAAUGUAUGUAACACUGUGUUCUACAGUUUUCCUGCCAUGAUUCCUUGGCACCGUGAAUUCUUACUAAGCAAUGUUUGUUAACAGUAUACAGGCUUGAUACUAGGCAGGAAGAGCUCCUGUGUUCUUGCUUUUCUGAUCUUUUUUAAAUCUAAAGGAGACGUGUAUUCUAGAAAUUAAACAUUUGUGUGCCAUA